GAUCUGGUUCCGGCACGACGUUUCCGCCGCAUCGUCCAUUUUCCCCGUAGCCGCACAUGGUGCCACACCGGCCGGAUACCGCCAGCCUCUCCGUGCUUUAGGAUUUUUUUUUUUAAAGCUUACACCUCCGUCUCCCAGGCCUGUUAAAUGCAAGACACGGUGGACAUGGUGGACGACCCCGAGUACGAAGAGGAGGAACCCUCCUUCAGCGACCCGGAGGACUUCGUGGAUGACAUCGAGGAUGAGGAGCUCCUCGAUGACAUCCUGAAGGACAAGCCCCAGGAGGCUGACGGCAUAGACUCCGUGGUGGUGGUUGACAAUGUUCCGGAGGUGGGCCCAGAACGUCUGGAGAAGCUCAAGAACGUCAUACACAAGAUUUUCUCCAAGUUCGGCAAGAUCACUAAUGAGUUCUACCCAGUGAUCGAAGGCACGACCAAAGGUUACAUCUUCCUGGAGUAUUCUGCUCCCACUCAGGCCCUCGAGGCAGUGAAGAAUGCCGAUGGCUACAAACUGGACAAACAGCAUACGUUCAGGGUCAACCUCUUCACUGACUUUGACAAGUACAUGAACAUCAGCGAUGAGUGGGAAACUCCAGAAAAGCAGCCUUUCAAAGAUUUUGGUAACAUGCGCCACUGGAUCGAGGAUCAAGACUGUCGUGACCAGUACAGUGUCAUCUACGAAGCUGGAGAGAGGACCGCCAUUUUUGCAAAUGACGCUAAGGAGCCAAUCACAGCUGAAGAGAGAGCACGCUGGACAGAGACGUACGUGCGCUGGUCUCCCAAAGGCACCUACCUGGCCACAUUUCACCAACGUGGCAUUGCAUUGUGGGGUGGCGAGAAGUUCAAACAGAUCCAGAGGUUCAGCCAUCAGGGCGUGUCCCUCAUCGACUUCUCACCGUGUGAGAGGUAUGUGGUGACCUUCAGUCCACUGAUGGACACCAAGGAGGACCCACAGGCGAUCAUCAUCUGGGACAUUCUGACCGGACAGAAGAAGAGAGGCUUCCACUGUGAGAGCUCCGCACACUGGCCCAUAUUCAAAUGGAGCCAUGACGGGAAGUUCUUUGCCAGGAUGACGCCAGACACGCUGAGCAUCUAUGAAACUCCAUCUAUGGGCUUGCUCGACAAGAAGAGUCUCAAGAUUACUGGGAUCAAGGACUUCUCAUGGUCUCCCGGUGACAACAUCCUAGCAUUCUGGGUCCCCGAGGACAAAGACAUCCCAGCCAGAGUGACUCUGAUGCAGAUGCCCACCCGUCAGGAGAUCCGGGUCCGCAAUCUUUUCAAUGUUGUCGACUGCAAACUGCACUGGCAGAGAAAUGGAGAUUACCUGUGUGUCAAAGUGGACAGGACUCCUAAAGGAACACAGGGUGUUGUCACCAACUUUGAAAUCUUCCGCAUGAGAGAGAAGCAGGUUCCUGUUGAUGUGGUGGAGAUGAAGGAGGGCAUCAUAGCUUUUGCUUGGGAGCCCAACGGCAGCAAGUUCGCUGUUCUCCACGGAGAGUCUCCUAGAAUCAACGUCUCCUUCUAUCAUGUCAAAAACAACGGCAAGAUCGAUCUUAUAAAGAUGUUUGACAAGCAGCAGGCCAACAGCAUUUUCUGGAGUCCCCAGGGACAGUUUCUGGUGCUGGCUGGACUCAGGAGUAUGAACGGAGCUCUUACCUUUGUGGACACAUCAGACUGCACCAUGAUGAACAUAGCAGAACACUACAUGGCGUCUGACGUGGAGUGGGACCCAACCGGUCGCUAUGUUGUCACCUCCGUCUCCUGGUGGAGCCACAAGGUGGACAAUGCGUACUGGCUGUGGACAUUCCAGGGUCGUCUCCUCCAGAAGAACAACAAGGAUCGCUUCUGUCAGCUGCUGUGGAGACCCCGACCUACGACCCUGCUCAGUGCGGAUUCGAUCAAGACGAUCAAGAAGGAUCUUAAGAAAUACUCAAAGAUCUUUGAGCAGAAGGAUCGUCUGAGCCAGUCCAAGGCCUCUAAGGAGCUGGUGGACAAACGCAGGACCAUGAUGGAGGAGUACCAUAGCUACAGGGAGAAGGCACAGCAGACAUAUCUGGAACAAAAGAGCCUCCGCCUCGAGCUCAGAGGAGGAGUGGACACUGAUGAGCUGGACAGCAACGUAGAUGACUGGGAAGAGGAGACUAUUGAGUUUUUUAUCAACGAAGAAAUCAUUCCUCUUGGAGAUCUGUAGUCCCCUACGCAGUCGUUCCGUUUUUGUGUGGAAGGAGGAGAGAGGAACUGCGUCAUUGAUUGGAGAAGGACGACGACCACGCUGUGAAUCUUGAGGUUCGUCACGAGCCUCAACCUUCAACGUUAGCGACAUCAUCAAAGCAAGCCUUGCAGAUCAGCAGCCACGUCGAGGGACAGGAGAGGAUUCUUUCUAGUGAAUAUUUUCUCUUUGUCUCUCACCAUCAUCCGCCCCUUUUUCUCCGUGGAACUUGAUAUUUAGUAAUACAGCGUCCUUUUUUCUAUUCAUUAAUUGGAGUCACUCACUCGAAUCUCGGCCCCAUCUCUCAUUGGACCUUCUUCUUCCUCGGGGUUGUUUCUGAACUAACCUCACCAUGCUAGUGUGUUAUCACAGGGCAGCACAGAGUGCCAUACCGGUGUGGGGCGGAGGUGUUGUGACUAAACAAGAAGCCUUGUUAAUAAAAGUGUUGAUGUGGCGCUAUAGUGGCCUGUAUCCUCCUCCUUUCAGACUGGGCUUUCACACAGGGAGGGGUUGUGCAGUGGGAAUAACUUUAAAUAAACAUUCAAAGUCAUUACUACCUG